ACCUGGAGGCUGGCAGGCCAGGAGCUGUGCCUGAGGCAGAUGAAGUGGGCUGGAGGGCCCUUUCUCAAGGUCUGUGCACUAACCAGGCAGUAGGACUGCAGCUUUUACAGGUUUGGGGAUACUCACAAGUGUGACCCAAUUCCAGAGAGGAGGUGAAAGGUGAGAGCAGAGGUAGUAUCUGACACUUCCCCUUCUCCUCUCCUGCUGUGGGAAUAACUUGCCUGACGAGGCAGUAAAUCUCUCCAGGAGCCUGGCAGUGAGGCAAACAGCUGUGGGGGAGAGCUGAGAGCCCAGCCAGGAGCCCACGGGUUAACACAGCCCCACGGAGCCCGGGCUUGCAGGACAGCCCAGCAUAGAGCAGCCUUCAGAUGAAACAAAGUACCUUCUGCCGAGCUGGGGCCAGAUAAAAGAUCCCAUGGCAUUCCUUGUGAAGCCUGGAGGAGACUGCCAGUGCUGAAGCUGAACUCUGCCAACAAACAAAACUGUCUUUAAACUCUGAGGCUGUGUGUGAGCUAUUGUUGGGGACAUAAUGGCUUCUCUGUUUCCCUGCACAGUCAUUGCUCUGCGAACACGCCACUGGUCUCUUUUAAAAGUAGUUGAGUGUAAAUUAAGUUCUAGAACCUGGAAAGAGGUUUCAUCCAUUUACCUUUUACUGUCCUCAGUUGACAUUUGUUUACAGAACAACACAUACAGUAGAAAUACACCCUGGUUUGAGUUGCUUUACCUGGAGAUGAGAAUCUUUAAUGCUCAGAUUAAGACUCACAGAGCUUCGAUAGCAAAUGUAUAUCUCCUGUUUUCAGUAACGGGAGUGGGAGUGAGGUUGAGGGGGCCUUGCUUGCUAAUUACCUCCCUCUGAGAAAAGUUUUGGGUUGGCUGACCUGGCCUGUUUCCUCUACUUAGCUCAGUGCUGGCACACUCACUGCUCUCUAAUCCUGUGUGUGUGGCUGCUGCAAGGCACAGAGUGCUGCUCUGGCUGCUGGAGUUCACUCUGCUUUGGGCUGCUGAACAUCCACAAAGGUUGGGGUUGGUGGAUCCAUUCUUUACUCACAAUUCCAUGGUCUGGCUUGUCUCUGAGGAUGGCAGAUGCUUUGGUAAGGUAAAGGGCAUCUUGGCUACUGUGCAAGUAAGUAGUUGUGGUAAAAACCCAAAGCUGCAUUACACAGGGGGAAGGUGGUCCCUGUAGACAAUAUAAUGAAUUUAAGUCUAUUUUGCUGGAACAAUCCUGUAACAGAAAAGGAAAUGGGUCAAACAGCAGUUAUUCAAGCUGUAUGUGAUGAACUGUCCAUCCCACCAAGGUGGCAGUGACUCUCCAUUCCCUCAAUAGGUCUCACUCAUCCUGGUGUGUAUCUGGAAUACACUUGCUGGGGAGCUCCUUGGCUUGCUACGCUCACCCACAGAUGAGCUGUAACCCUGUGCACCCCCAGGGCAGCUGCGUGCAGGACUGGGACACAUGGAGGUGUGAGCACUGGCCAUCCUCCUCUGGAAGUGGCUGGCUUACUGGGAAGGUGCUCUGGCCAAGGGCCCCAAACGGGAGUGAGUGCUGUGCUCACACUGGGCUGCACAAAACAGCUUUGGCUGAGGUUGCUUGCUAAUGACUAAGAUAUGUUUUGCACUGGUCCUUGACAACCUUCUGGACAGAGACUCCUCCACAGACUCCUCCAUGGUGUUUAAAAGCAGAUUGAAGUUAAAUUUUUAAAAAACUUUCUUCUGAAGAUGAUGUGAGUCAUGACUAACACCAGUUGUGUUCUGCUCCUUGGAUUUCCCUCUCACCUCUGAAUCCACAGCUUUUCCAGUGUGUGGAUGUUACCUGCCUGCUGUGAGGCAGGUUCUUACCCAAGUGAUAGUUGCUGGUUUGAGGAUAUGGAAGGAGGUAGAUGAAAAGACUACACUUGUGCCUGGUCACCUGCUCCCUAGUUCCCAUGUGCCCCCAAGGCAGCAGGGCUGAUAAUCCUGUCUCUUCCCACAGGACGAUGAAGAAGAGCUGUGUGGUGGCCACAGCCCUGGCUGGAGCCCUGCUGGGACUCAUCUUGUUCCUGGGACUGUUCUUCGGGCUGCGCUCGGACACAGCGGACGCUCACACGUACAAGAGAGCGGCCGUGGCCACAGACGCAGGGCAGUGCUCAAUAAUUGGAAGGGACAUCCUUCAGCGAGGAGGAUCAGCGGUGGAUGCUGCAAUUGCAGCUCUGCUUUGUGUAGGGCUCAUGAACGCUCACAGCAUGGGCAUAGGAGGGGGCCUCUUCUUUACCAUCUACAGCAGCACAGGAAAAGUGGAAAUCAUUAAUGCGAGAGAGGUGGCUCCAAAAGGUGCAGCGGAGGACAUGUUUGGGAACGACACACAGCUCUCUCUGAAAGGAGGACUGUCCAUUGCUGUUCCAGGAGAAAUCCGUGGCUAUGAACUGGCCCACAAACGUCACGGCAAACUGGCAUGGAGAGAACUGUUUCUACCCAGUAUCAAGUUGGCAAAAGAAGGGUUCCCUGUUGGGAAAGGCCUUGCAGCAGCCAUCAAAUCAAAAGAGGAGUCAAUUGAAAGCAAUCCCUUGCUGUGCGAAGUGUUCUGCAAAGGAGGGAAAAUUCUGCGUGAGGGCGAAAUCAUCAAGAUGCCUAAACUAGCCAAGACAUACGAGACCAUAGCCACAGAAGGAGCAGAUGCCUUUUACACAGGAAGCCUGGCAAAGCAGAUCAUCGCUGACAUCCACAGCGUAGGGGGGAUUGUCACACUGGAAGAUCUGCGGGACUACAAUGCGACCGUGAUCAACGACCCCAUACAGGUCACACUCGGAGAGUUUACCCUCUACACGCCCAGUGCCCCGCUGAGUGGCCCCGUGCUGGCCCUCAUUUUCAACAUACUGAAAGGAUAUAAUUUUUCUGCUGACAGCAUCAAAACUGUGGAGGAGAAAGGUCUGACUUACCACCGCAUUGUGGAGGCCUUCCGCUUUGCCUACGCCAAGAGGACUUUACUGGGAGAUCCAAAGUUUGUCAACAUUACAGAGGCAAUCAGAAACAUGACAUCCGAGUUCUUUGCGGAUGGUCUCCGGAGGAAAAUCACAGACAACACCUCCCAUCCAGUUGACUACUAUGAGCCCGUAUAUUACACUGGAGAUAAUGCCGGUACAUCCCACAUCUCCAUUGUGGCUGAUGAUGGCAGUGCUGUGUCCGCCACCAGCACCAUCAACCAAUACUUUGGCUCUGAUGUACGAUCCAACAUGAGUGGAAUCAUAUUUAAUGAUGAGAUGGAUGACUUCAGCUCGCCUUACAUAAUCAAUGGAUUUGGGAUCCCUCCUUCUCCAGCAAAUUUCAUAGCACCAGGUAAACAGCCAAUGUCCUCUAUGUGCCCCUCCAUCUUGGUGGAUAAAACGAAAAAGGUCAGGAUGGUGGUCGGUGCUUCUGGAGGAACAAAAAUAACUACAGCAACAGCACUGACAAUCAUCAAUUCCAUCUGGUUUGGUUAUGAUGUGAAGAAAGCAGUGGAAGAGCCCAGAGUCCACGAUCAGCUGUUUCCCAACAUCACAGAGCUUGAGCUGCAAAUAGAGAAGGGCAUAGAAGAUCAGCUGAAGAAGAGGAAGCACGACACGGCGCGGGUGAGCGGCGGCGCGGUGGUGCAGGCCAUCCUCCGAACGGACAAGGGCUGGGCUGCGGCCUCCGAUUCCCGAAAAGGCGGCUUCCCUGCAGGCUACUGACGUGGCUGGGCUCCUUCUUUCAGUGGUCUAGUGACACCAGGGUGUGUUUGGGGGGAAGAUCCUUUAGGUCUGCAACUCAGGGACUCCUCACAGGAAAGAGAACACAUUUACCUGUGAUUCUGUUGACGGAACUGGGACAGUUUUCUACAGCCAUGACCGAAGUGCCUCAUGCCACAGCCGUCUGCUAAGACAGGCAUGUCCACCAGGACGUGCAGUACUUACUUGAAGAGUCUGUUCUGCCUUGAAGAGUUUGUUCCCUGCCUCCUCUCCAUCCCAUGAACACAGAUUGGGUGCCCAGUUUCUGCAGAAAGUCCAACUCACUCAAGCUGCAGGAAGUGUUUCCCCUGCACAGUGUCAGCUACCAGGAAUGUCCCUGUCACUGCUAGAGAAGAUGUUUGUUUCCUGUUGAGUAGGUGAGAGUUACAGGACUCUGGGGACUGGGUUUUCUAAGUUGCAAACUAACAGAUCUGUGCCAUAGCAGAAAGCCCAGCUCUAGACUGGGAUAAGCCAAACUCACCACUCUGUUAACAAAAGAUGUUUCUGCAUUUCACCCAGUUGAUUAUUGGAGGUGAGUGGGGAAAUGGGGAAAUGGCUUCAAACUUUUUUUAUAUUUCUGUUGAGAAGGUCUAAAGGGAAGAUGCUGCCUGUAAAACUCUGAGCACAACUAAAAUAAAUAAAUACGGAGUCACA